CAGUUGCUUGCUCCAAUCUUGCCUGUAUAUUUUAGAAUGCAUGUGGGAUUCAAACCUGACAGUGUAUAUUCUGUUCUUCCUAUGUUUCAUAUUUACGGAUUGCUGGUAUCUUUUGCGGCGUUGGACCAGGGCGUACGACACGUUCUUGAUGUCAGAUUUAAUGUAGAAAGGUGUUUCCAGUCUAUUGAAAAAUACAAGAUAACACAAUUCUCGGGCGUUCCUCCAAUGCUUCUGAUGUUCGCCAAGUCCCCUUUGCUGGAAAAGUACGAUCUUUCAUCUUUGUUAACAUUGAAAUGUGGAGCUGCUCCUCUACCACGUGAAGUUGCAUCAAUUUUGUCUACAAAGCUGAAAUGCCAAGUUGCACAAGGUUGGGCACUGACAGAGUGCGUUCCUGUUGUAGCGUCCGAUUUUCAGAUGACCCCGCAUAACUCCGUUGGUCGUGUUUGUGCUAACACAAAGAUUAAGAUAAUCAAUAUUGAAACUGGCGCGGAAGUAGGUCCAUAUCACAAUGGAGAAUUGUGUGUAAAAGGUCCACAGGUAAUGAAAGGCUAUUUCAAGAACUCAUCAGCAACAGCAAACACGAUAGAUGCAGAAGGAUGGCUUCAUACUGGUGAUAUUGGAUAUUUUGACAACAAUGAGAUGAUUUAUGUUAUUGACCGAUUAAAAGAAUUAAUAAAAUACAAAGGAUUUCAGGUUGCCCCGGCUGAACUGGAAGAAGUUUUAAUUUCCCAUCCUAAAAUUGCUGAUGUAGCAGUAAUUGGAGUUUCCGAUCUAGAAGCAGGAGAAGUUGCAAAAGCAUUUGUUGUCCCAAACGAUCCAAGUUUAACAAAAGAGGAGAUUCAUAACCAUAUCGCAGGUCAACUUUCAAAAUACAAGCAUCUACAUGGAGGAAUAGAAUUUUGCGAUAAAAUUAUGAAAAGUGCAAGCGGAAAAAUACUUCGACGUUUGAUGCGAGACGAAGCAAAUAAAUCGAAAUUGUGAAUCUGGUUUUUACUUUCAUAUAUAUAGAUAUAAAUAAUAUGGCAUUGCUCAACACCAAUAUACAUUUUGUUUUAAAUUUAUCAAAUGAAAUCGACAUGCUAUAAAAUAAAAGAAUU